UUUGCUAAUCGGGCGUGAUUACACGACAACGGGGCUUGAAUGAAGUAGGAUUUGAAACUUGGACCUAUCCCUCGUGUCUUCAAGAACAAACUGUAGUGUGUCAGUGUGUGUGGAAUUGAAGAGAGAAACUUCAAAAACAUUUCUUGCUACGAUGUUUCAGUGGUAUGUACCAAUCGUUGUCUGCUCUGCCACCGGCUAUCGGUGUUUCAACUCGGCGUUGGAUGUGCUACCGAUACCCGCACCUCCCGGGAAGUAUUCAGGGAAAGAACGGUACAGAUGGAGGAAUGCCAUCACAUCGUUAUUCAACUCUGCAUUGAUGUCUGUAAUCACACUGUACUGUUGGUUUAGCCAUCCACAAAUAUGGACGGACCCAAUGGGAGACUUUCCAACGCUAGGUGGCAGCAGACUGAGAACAAUGGAUUUACCCGGUAAGUCUGCUGCCCUCUAUCGUCCCAGAAAGUCUCCCAUUGGUUAUAACUCGGUUGUUGCUGACGCUGGCUUGGCUGUAAUGUCUGGGUAUGUGUUGUACGAUACCUACGACAUUCUGAUGUACACUGAUCUAUCCAAGGUGUUUGCACUUAUUACACAUCACGUUACUGUUGCUGUUGUAAUAUUUAUGGUGAGCUACGAAACAAUAGGGAUCGGCGUUUUAUACAUCGCGCUCUUGACUGAAGUACACGCCAUCUUCCUUCACUCACGUCAGCUCCUCAUCAUGUACGGUGUCUCAAAGAGCUCCACUCUGUAUAGCGUCCAUAAAUCCAUAAACCUCGUCACGUUUGUGGUGUUACGUCUCGUGCCGUUACUGUUCGCUUUGUACUGUUUUUGCACGAUGAUAAACCGCAACUUCUUCGCACUGUACUAUAUUCUACCGUGUUUUUCGGCGGUGAUAUGUACGAUUAACUUCGUGUUGCUGUGGAGGCUACUCCGCAGCGAUUUCUUAGUUACGAACGGCAAAGACGGAAACAUUCUUGAAGACUGAGGGUGAUAAACGCGUACCGAUUUAUUUUUUUUAUUUUUUAUUUAAGCCAUUGGACACUAUAGGUAAACAGUAUUGUCCAAGGCCCAC